AUGUUCAUCAGGAUAGCGGCUCUCCUGGCCGGCUUCCAGGCUACAGGCGCAGUAGGCGCUCUGUCUGGGGAGGCUCGCGCCAUGGUGGAAGACUCAAUGGCUUGGAUGGACAGGUUCUAUGAUCCAAGAAUCAACCAGCUCUACGAUCUCGAAUCCAAGGCAGCCAUGAACCAUGAAACCCUUCCCUCCGCCUGGUAUGCCGUCGGCCUCCUCGCCCGCAAUGGCAACGAGGGCAAAGACGUCUCUGCAGCGGAGUCCGUCAUUCAAUACAUCAUCGCCGAUCAGCACGACAACCCAAAAGACCUAUGGUAUGGCGACUACACUAGGGAGCCUGAAGAGCCCGACGUUGGUUCAAGUGUCUACCCGGCUCAAGCAUACCGUUCCUGGGAUCCCAACUGGAGAGGCUUUGUUGGCCUGAGCUUCAUUACCAUCUAUGAGGACUUUGGCGAUUUGCUAUCCCAGUCUGUCAAAGAUCUGAUGCUAGAGAGCCUGUACAACUGCAGCGUGGGCGACUCUUACCGCGAGGGUGGUGUCAAUAACGACAAUUUGUACCCGGCAUACAGCAACCCAGCCAUCAUGCGAGCCAUUGGCACCGGCUGGACUGGCCGCAAGACUGGGGACGCGAACAUGACGCAGGCUGGCGAGGACUAUGCCAAAAAGAUCAUCGAUCUGUACGACAUACAUGACACGCUUUCUGAAUUCAAUUCGGCCACCUAUACCGGCAUCUCCCUCUUCGGCCUCACCCUAUGGUGCAAGUACGCGCCAGAGGACUCCAUUAUGGCGAAGCGAGGGCCAGACAUGCUCCGAGGCGUCUGGAACACCACCGCUCAGCUCUGGCACGCGGGUAUGCGCAAUCUUGCUGGCCCCUGGGACCGCUCGUACAGCUUCGACAUGACCAUCUCUCUUGGCCAUCUCUCCCUGUGGCUCGCACCUAUGAUCGGCAGGAAAGAAUCUGGCCUGCACCAGUACCCGGAAAUCAUGAGCCACGCCCGAGACUGGGGAUGGGCACCGCUCGUUGCCGUGCACUCCGAGUUUCAGAGUUCCCUGCUCUCGGAUGAGCUCAAGAACUCUCUCAAGACAUUUAGUGGAGAGAGGACUUGGAAGGGUCAGGCAUACUACCCGCCUUACGACCUGGAAUCGAGAAACAUUACCACUUGGUUGAGUGAGAAGUUGAUGAUUGGAGCACAAUCGUACCGUACCAAGAGUCAGAACGGGCCGUCCAACAAUAAUGGCCAGUUUCAUCCUGCCGUUGCACAGUGGAAGUAUGGCGAUGACAAGAUUGGGUGGCUCUCGCUCCGCUCUAGUCAAGCCUAUGUGAAGACGGAGGUCUCUCCCAACCGUCUGAAGCUCACUUACCCCAAUGGUGGCGCUGACUCUGUCUUCGCCUUCUUCGUCUCACCCUCUCUCCGCCAGACCAACGUUAAGAGCUGGGCCGAUAUUCAAGGCGUGUCUAUUUCCAUCUCCGGCAAUGUGAACACGACUCCCGUCUUGACUUUUGCUGGUCGUUACGGUGGCUCGGCAGGGGCCUACUACGAUCACAACUACUGGCGCUUCGAGCACAAGAUGCCCUCUGGUUUCACAGGUACACCAGAGCUCAUCAUUGAUUUCGUCCCUGGGGAAUAG